AUGUGCUCUGCAUUCCUUUGGACGGGAGCUCCAGAAACAGCCAAAGACGCAAAGGUUUCAUGGGCAUCUGUUUGUACUCCAAAAAAGUAUGGCGGCCUCGGGUUAAGGAGGGUGGAAGUCUGGAACCGCAUCCUCUGUCUUCGAUUAAUUUGGUUGCUAUUCACGAAGGGGGGUUCUUUGUGGGUUGCAUGGGUCAAAUCUAAUUUGUUGGCUGACAAGUCAUUCUGGGAUCUCAAGACAACGAGCAAAGGGAGUUGGUCUUGGAAGAAGUUAUUGAAACUGAGAUCAGAGGCUAGGACAUUCUCGAGGUGUCGAUUGGGGAACGGAUCUUCCUGCAACUUCUGGUUGGAUUCUUGGCUCCCACAGGGGCCACUGAUUGCUGAACUAGGAGAAUCCGGUCCGCGACAAUACCUAUUACUGAUCAUCCACUUAUUAUAUGACUCCUCAUUGCUGCCAUUCAGUACGUCCAGGGCUUGGGAUUUACUUCACUGCUUCUCCUCGACUGACAUUGCUCCAUGGCACAAGAGCGUCUGGUUUACUGGUUCGGUUCCUAAACACGCGUUUAUCUCAUGGUUGGCUGUCAAAAAACGGCUACCAACGCGGGACAGACUGCUCUCGUGGGGGUUAAAUACACCCCCUGAUUGCUUACUUUGUGGGUCGGAAAUUGAAACUACACAUCAUAUUUUCUUUGGCUGUGAUUUUUCAAAUGAGAUUUGGACCUCUUUGCUGGUUUCAUGCCCUCUCUCGGACUGUUUGGCAUCAUCAUUGCAGGAAGUUCUCAUAUGGGCAAACCGAUGUUCGAAUGACCCGACGAUUAGGCUCAUGGUCAAACUACUGCUACAAGCGGCUAUAUACCUAAUAUGGAGGGAACGAAACACUAGGCUUCACGACACUCAGUCCAAACCGGCGGACAUUAUCCUUAAGGAUAUUCUAACUACAACACGAAUGCGGCUUUCUUCGUUCAGAGGCUCAAACAUGGACAUGAACGCACACGAUUCGUUGCUAACUAUUUGGUUUCGACACUUUGAAUGUAGUUGA